AUGGGCGACAUCAAUGCUAUCUCGGGGCUCGCGCCGCCUGCGCCUACUCCUUUUACCUCACCGGCCUCGCUCGCUAGCUUCAAAAUCCCCUUGAAGGCAUAUCUACAAGAGCACCCCCAGUUUAACUCGGUAGCCGUUGCUGCCUUCGUCUUCAAUGAGGAGGGAAAGCUGCUCAUCGUGCAGAGAGCGGCACACGACUCGUUUCCUUUGCUGUGGGAGGUACCAGGAGGGGCUUGCGACUACGAAGACGAGUCUCUCUUGCAUGCCGUGGCGCGCGAGUUAUGGGAAGAAAGUGGACUGCGCGCCAAGUCCAUUGUUACCCUCGUUGGUAAGGGAUUGCCCAUCCCCUACCGGGGCAACCGAUGCAUGUGCAAAUACUCCUUCUUGACCGAGGUGGAACAAUACGAUAUCAAGUUAGAUCCUAAUGAGCAUCAAGCAUUCUUAUGGGUCACUGAGGAAGAAGCUAAAGCUGGCAGGUGUGGUGAUGUUGAAUUUAGAUACACCACCAAGGAUCAACGACUCUCAGUUUGCGAAGCUUUCAAGCUGAGGAACAGUGGAAAGGCCCAAGCUGAUUAG